UACUGAGGUGUAUUCUCAAAACCUCGCACGUGCGCACUGGUCGGUUCCGUUUUCGUUGGCGGCCGCAACUUCUCUCCGCACGCCGCGAGUCGCACCAACUUCCCGGCCGGUGCUUUUGUGCGUGUUCGUCGUCCCGUAGGCGAGGUGCCACUGAACCCCGACCCCGAGUCAAGCCACGUGAAGUUUGCGCGUCCCAUUUGCUUUCGGUGGCGAUCGCCGAUGAUCGGGUGAGAAUUAUAUAUUUCAUGCCCGCACGCACGCACGCACUACGGACGCUCGGUGCCGAAAAAGAGAGAAGAGGAGGCUGAAAAAGAACGGAGGAGGUGGGGAGCAUUGUUUCUGUGUCAAGCGGCGCGCGGCGCGCGUUGGCUCAGCUGGCUGAGGGUGUCAUUGACCUUCCCAGUCGAGGCCAGUGCCCUCUGAAUGGAAGCGGUACCGUUGCCCGCCCGGACCUGAGGAGCUCCGAUCCGAAUGUCGGCCACACAUUAUGAAGACUACAAGGCAGCCCACAGAGUACAUUGCCCCGGGGCUACCAACACCGGGGGUCGUACCACCUCGGGGCCGGUGGCGCCGUCUCUGGUGGACUACUUUCCACAGGCUGCCGGCGAUGGGCUCAAGGUGGUCUGGGAGCACGCCGUCAACAGCCGGCAGCGGCUAGCGAUGGCCCUGCGAGGACCUGGCAUGAUUCUUGAAGGAGACGUCAGCAUGGGUGCCAGUGGUCGUUACCCAGUGCCUGUCAUGGCACACCCGUCCGUUACAGCAGCCUUCGGCAAUGGUGGUGGGAAUGGCGACUUGACACUGGACGAGUGGCUGCAUGAAUUGGCCCUAUGCGGCAUGCCUAAGGGUGCCAAGCUCGACUUCAAGUCCACUGAGGUCGUUGAACCUGCCUGCCGUAUCCUGGCACGCUACAUUGACAAGUUGCAAGGGCCUGUGGUGCUGAAUGCCGAUGUGCUGCCAGGACCAGACUGCGCGGCUGUGCCUCCUGUGGAUGCCUGGACUUUCUUGACGCUCUGCCGAACCCGUUUUCCUCGCUCCAUCAUUUCCCUCGGCUGGACAACCCAGGAAGGCUCAUGCCUGAAGAUGGGGUACACGCGGGAGAUGGUCGAGAGCAUGGGUGCUCUGGUUCGAGAGUACAACCUUGGUCAACCCGUGAGCUUUCCGGUGUGGCUGCCUCUGGCACGUCGUUCACUGGGCGACCUUCAGCGGCUGCUAGCACAAGUACCACGUUCUUCAUUGACUGUGUUUGCCCGCCGUGGCGAGCCCUGGGCGGCCGCACUGCCAGAUCUCGCAGCUCUGCGCUCAGCCUUCAGCCCGUCACUCGUCUACUAUGACCUGCCACACGACCUGCUCCAGGCUUUUCUGCCGCUCUGCUAGGUCAACUUUCUCAGACAUUGUCGUCCGGCCAUGUUCGUCGUCAACUUCGGCCAACUGUUGGAAGCCAACGACCCAUCCAUGAGAAGGGCAUCCGCAGCACGUACCUGUGACGACGAAAGCAAUCAAGACACCUGUGAAACUUCCAGCAUCCGUGUUGCCUUGGGUGCUUGCCCCCACACCGGUGUUUAUUUUAACAACAGUUUCGGCACCCAUAUAAUGCUGUUGGUCUGUUAAGUCACUCAGACUUAGUAGUACACCAGCUGCAAUUUCCGGAGAUUGUGCCAGGACGAUUUAUGUGAAAGUGUGCCUGCCCACUGUAGCUGAGAGAUGGUAGUUUUGUCUGUGGCCAUGUUAAAUGUGUGAAGAGGCCUGUUGCUGUGCACGCUGGAGAUGUUGGCACAACUGACACAUCUUCACAACGAGCUUCAUAACUAAUACACACUGCACUUUGGAAAAAAAAAAACAGUGAACUUCAUUUUUGUUUGCUUGCACUUGCUGUAUGUACUGUGGCAAGCUUAGGCAUUGAGAUGCCUGCUGUUACACUGCAGCCAUGUGCGCAUGGUGCUUAGAUAUUGAAGCAAGUUGCCCCACAUAUAGGCAACCUUAGAAUGCUUUUCCAUUUUUUGGUCACUUUUACCAGACCCUGCCCUCCCCAAGCACCUUGACCAUGCAGCUAUUAUGGCAGCCUUGUGGCCUAUAACUGAGCUUAGAUAACUUAGCAAGUGGGGCUUGUAGCUUUCUGUCACAUGGUUGCCAUUUCAUCUAGUUUUGAUUGCCUGGCAUAUGUGCUGAACAGGCAUGACAUAUAGAGAUUUUUGCCUUCACAGUGGCCUUGUAAACAGUCAUUCUACAGUCCUGUGGCCCUCAGCUGGAGAGUUGCAGUAAUGUAAAGCUUACAGCGCAAUGUGGGCCCUGUUUCUGUUCUUGUGCCAUUAGCACACAGCAGAAGCGCAUGGGACCGGGGUGUGGUCAGGUUUAUAGUUGUUGAAGAGAUGGAUCUAGAGAGUUGUGGUUGUAUUGACAAGCUAGUUUUUAUAGGAAGUGCUGUCUGACACUGAGAAACAAAAGACACAGAGCUGCGGCAAUGUUGUGUGAACAAAUUACUUUGCGAGUGAAGCUGGAAAACGCCUUAAACAGCUUGCUGACUCACAAGGUUUCAGCGUGAAAUGAGUGGUCCAGUACUCGCAUGCCCAGAAAUGUUAGCCCCAAAGAGUUCACUUAUUUCUACAGCUUUACUGGUGAUAAGUGUCUAAGGAUAAUAGAAAUCAUUUUAGCAUAUACAGAGUAUAUACAUAGCAAUCAUUUUAGCUAACAUAUAUAUGUUAGCAUACGUUACCUGGGCCUAUGUGUCAUGAUGAUAGAAUCAAGAGAUUUGCUUUCUGCUUGUCUUGCAAAAGUAGACCUAUAUCGUAAUAUAUGUAGACUCAUGGCCUCAUCACCAAGACAUUGUUCACUACCAUUUGCUUGCACAAGCAUGUAUCAAUUUUGUAACAUAAAUUGAGAAAUUGCCCACCCCGCAAAAACUCUCCAGACUGCACAAAGCUUACCCGUGUAUUCACUGUGUGCAGCAUUUUGUUGUUUAUUGGUCUGUGCUCUUUUCAAAAGAAAAUGAUUUGGUUAGGUAUAUAGGUCACUCACAAUAAUUUGAAGGCGCCCUAUGAACAUCAUAAGAGAACAUCAAAAAAAUGUUUAGGACAAGGAAGCAGUGAGAGAUGCAGUGCUGACUACCAACUCUCAUGUUUAUUGUGCCAAAGGCAGUCUACAUACACAAAGAAAAGCAAGCAAACAAACAAAAGCCCAAGACCCUAAAAACUGCAAAAAAUGGAAGAAACUGUCAACUCGCCUUCACUUGUGCUGUUCGGCAAAGAAAUGUUGCAACUUUGCUUGUUGAUUGUUUUAAGAGCCUCACACUUGUGUUUGUUUUGUUGCUUUCCCCAUGUAUAUAACUGCUUUCUGCUCAAUAUGCGUGGCAGUUGGUAGUGAGCACUGCGUCCAUGUCUACUUCCUCAUCUAAUUUUUUAAGCUUCUUUUUUUUUUUUUUUGUCAUGACAAUUACUCAUCAACUAGCUUACCUUUGUAACCUGCUGCCGUUUAUGAAAAAUUGCUGCUUUUGCACCGAGAGGUCGCCCACUCCACAUUUUCAGAUUACAUAUGUUUGCAGUGACUUGAGAUAUUACAGCAGUCGCAUUGACUUGCACUCUUUGCGCCAACAACUUGGCAUGACAUUGGCGCAGCUCUAUGUUUCAAGAUGCCUUAAAAGACAGCAAGGAAGAGUGUGAAAGCGUUGCGUGCGGAAAAGAAUUGUUAAAGAGUUGUUGUCCUGGAAAGGUGCAAGGGGGACCACACCAGAUCAAGACUGAUGCAAGAGCAAUGUGCUAUGGCAUGGUAUGCCUGUGUGUGCGCAUGUUGAAUCAUUGUAUCUAGAUGUUGUCUUUGAGCAUGCAGAAAACAUUGAAGUACCAUGUAUACUGACUGUGUGCACCUUAGAGUGAAUGGAUUGUCACCUUGUUUUUGCUGCAGAUGUAGGGUGCUUUGCUUUUUGAGAUUUUUUUAAAGGACACUUGCAGCGUGGAAUGUAGCUAAUAUAACGGUAGUGUGGCUACAACUCGCUGCGUGUGGCGUGAAUUUUCUCACACUAAAGGACUUGCGCGAGCCACCAUAUAGACUGCCUUUUCAUGCCCAUGCUGGAAACAAACAAGUUCAUUAAUCUGCCCGUUUACUUGCAAAAAUGUGCCGCUUCUCUUAGCUUUUGGAGUGCCUCAUUGCUGUUCUUCUGUGUGUAUUUUUGACAUUGAUAUGAUAAUUUUCAAUGUCGGCUAUCUUCAAGGUGCUUAUGAAACUUUCAACAGUGCCAGCUGAAAGCAGAUAUAACACAAUGGAUCAGAAAACACCCAAUGAGCUUAAAGUACACUUGAGAAGCAUCAAAUGCACAGUUUUAAAACGUUAGCAUGUAAGGCAGCAAACACAGGAAUGCAACAGCAACAAAUUUUCAGCCUGGCACCACCUGGUGUUGGUCUGUCAACAUAGCACCAUGUGCUGCUAUCAUUGUCAAAAUGCACGUUCUGGGUAUCAGUUUCGAUUGAUUACCAUACGGUACAAAAAAGACAUGCCAACAGUGCCAAGCUGAAAAUACACCAGAAAUACACUCCAUGUGGUUGCAGCUUUAGAGAUCAUCAAUAGAGUAAUAUCCAAUAAACUGCUAGCAAGCUUUGCUGCAGUGCACAAUGCCGUCAAGAAAAUAAUGUCUUAGCACUUUCAUCACAACAUUAAAUAGUGUUCUGCCUCUCAUGCACUGCAAAGAAGCUUCAUACAGAUAUGUACUAAAAUAUAUCUCCUAUUAUGUAAGAAACUUAUUUGUGUGUGCCUUGUCUUCGUCUGUGCUCUCUGAUCUGACAAGCUUGGCUCGUAUAUACCCCUUAAGAUCUACAAAUUGGCCAUGCAGAUUCUCAUGGUCUUCAAAAUCAGUCUUUAUCUACACUGUUGGGGGCACUUAUUCCUAUAAACAAGUACAACUAGCAUGGAUUUUCAUGCAAUCUAUAACUUCAGUUUAGUACAUCUGGGCUACAUCUCAGCUUGUGUUUCACCAAGACAAGCUUUUCGGUAAACAUUAUUAACAGAGAAUUUUGCAUCAUGGUGCCUUUUAAUGCAGUUUAAGUUGACUUGUAAGGCAAGGAAAGCUGCAAGCUAUGCUAGAAUCACCUUAGUCUAAAGCAGUGGGCAACAAGCGGAUCUAAAGCUCUGUUGCAGUUUGUUCACAUGAGCAAAUAUAUGUCGUGGGAUACUUAGCAGUCAUUUGCAAUCACCUGCACUUUGCAGGACGUGCAAUGCAGCGCCAUUUGAUGUAGGCAGCUUACAUCUUGAGCAUGAAAGGCGUUGCACAUUUCACCUCAUAUCACACACUGAACUGUGCAAGCAACCAUGGCUCUUAGACAAGAGCCACAAAAAUUCACUGCUAAAGAAGACCCUUUCUGUGGCAGUUUCAAUAUGGGUUGCAAUUUCCGCAACCAGUCAGCCAAAUAGCUUAAUGCCAGAGCUUACAAGUACUGAUAAAAACAGACCAUAAGAGGCCUUGUAAAAUACUGUGCAACUUCGGAAGCAAAAGUUGAUGCUGAGUUGAGUACCCAUCAUAACUAGGCAGUCCUAUUGAAAAGUAAUAGCAAGUUUAUAUGUACACCAGCAUGAGAUGCAUUCGAAAUGUUCACAAACCAGUAGGCACAGGUUUGAAUCAAACUGAAAAAUAAACGAAUGACAGAAGCACAAACCCAGAGAAACAUCAUGCACAUCAAAUAGUGCAUUGAAUAGCAGUGACUUGUAUUCCUUGAUCACAUCUCUCUGUUCACUACAAAACUUUAGCAAAAGAGUGUCAGAGUAAAGGUGCACAUGCCAUAAUUUCUCAAAUAUAAAUAGAUCUUGUCACGCACAAAUUUUUCAAUGUGGGCAAAGGUGCCUAGACUCACUAAAAGUUCAGGUAUAUUAUAAAUAAAAUAGGACCGCCCAAAGUCAUGCCACAAUAUAGAAAAACUGUGGCCCCCUAGAUAAAUUAACGUCCACCAUCGCUGCAUUUUUUUAUUUGUAGUCACUCAUUUUUUAUGUCUGGUGCUUACAUCCAUUUAUUCAUACAUAUUUUUAUUUGAAGCUUUCCUGUCUCAAAAACAGAAGCUCUCUUUGAUUCAAGAAAACAUGGUGACGUGAACAUAGCCUAGGAUAGUGCAUUAGAACCUGGCUUUCCAAUUCUGAGGCCGCUACUUGGCAGCAUUAGGAUAUGUUGUUGCAUGCAGAUUCAUUACUUAAAAAAUAAAAAAUCUGUGAACAUGUCAACAAUGCAUACUUAUGAUUGCCAAACCUAAAGCAGACAGCUUUCAUGUCUGGUUAAGCUUCUUAACACAAAGUUGCUAGGUACAAUGCACAACAUGCUAUAGUAAUUUUAUAUGUGGAGCCAAGAUGUAGAUUCUGUCAAAAUUCUUACAUAAUGUGUUUCUCUUUUGCCUUGCACCUUGUAUUACCAAAUGAUUGUGUGGCUUCCCUGCUAAACACAAAAGGAUACUCCAAAGGCGAUAUAAUAAAAGGAAUCUGAACUGAAAAAUGUAUUGAUACGAGAACAUAGGAAGCCAUUGGAAAAGAGGACUUGAGAAAACACAUGAAGGCUAGGCCUGCAAAACACCUUUGAGGACACGCAUAUAAGUGAAAGUAAUCUGAAGUACAAAAGCAGAGUACAGAGUGAUACAACAUCCGCUUAUUUUCUUUCCAUCCCGGUUGGGCAGGAUGCUACCAUAGAUCUAGCAGUUACAUGAACUGUGAGUUGUAAUGCACCCAUAACCAUAAGAGUAAUGAAGGCAAGAACACAGAGCUUAAGCUAUCCUAAUUUCUUUCACUCGUCUACAAAAACUGUUGUAGGUCCUUAAGUGCUGCCUUCAAGCAGUGCCCUGUAGGGCUGAACUUUGUGAGGAUUACUUUUCAUUCCAUCCUUUAAAUUUUUCUGGUUACCAGUCACAACAAAUAGCCAAUCCCGGCAAUGACAUUUAUUGAACAGUGUACAAGCUAAUGGAAUAGGACCAAAGCAUAGGCUUGCACACAGGUAGAGGUGCAGUCAGUGGCAUCAGCCCGCUAAAUCUGGCACAGAUAUGCUUCACAGUUAUCUGGAAACUAUGAGGAAAAUGUGUCAUUCUUGGCAGUUUUUUUGCACUCUUCUCUUGUACCACGUGCUUGUUUCAUGACAUGAACAAUUUUUUUAUUGAUAACACAGGUAUCAAUGCAAAAUGUGUGUAAUCCGGAAGAGUGUAAAGCUCAUUGGUAGACUGAAGGGCACCAAAUAACAAGUGAAAGGUUCCCAAUUUAAAAUUAUUAAAUCAGAUAUUCUCGAACAACUUUGGCAGACCUGGCCCUGCAGCUAGCUGCUAUGAAGCCAACAUCAGCCAGAAAAGAAGCUAAGUUACAAAAAACACUGCUGCAAGGCUAUGCCCCCACCUGACUGUGGCUGCUUUUUUUUCUCACCCACAAAUUAAAGACGGGAUAAAGAAAACAAUUGCUACACAGCCUGCAGCCAUAACCUAUCUAUUCUUGUUGCAUCCUUCUCGAGGACAGCAGCCUUUGCUAUACUUUUGAUUAAAAGAGUACUGACACACCUCAAAAGCUGCAGAAACUCUACCACAUGUUUCAUGCAUGUAAAAUAAUGACACUUAGCAAGUGUGAAGGUUGGGAAACAUUACAUAUUAAUUUGUUACCAGGCAUUGGUCUAGAAAUGGUGUGACUGGUGUAAUCAACAUUAAACCAUGACAUCACGACACAGAGCAAAAUUUGCUGACCUUGUGCAGCAAUAGGGCUCUUCUUCUAAGACCAAUGACAUUGCUUGUAAAAAAAAAAUAAGACUAACAAGAGUGCUGCCCAGGUUUCUUCUAACUGUGCUUGUGUGUGUGUCCAGUUCAGGCAGAGCAUGCCAGUUUAUUGUGAUGGCAUGACACAUCGAAUUCCCGAGUACCGAAGCCGAAACUUGUUCAUAGAAACAAAUAUUACGGUCAAUUAAUAUUUUUCCUAAUGUUCUGUGUGUUAUAACCUUCAUUCAAUGCAAAAAAAAUAAUAAUAAUUUUUCAUUUUCAUGUCAGUAUUCCUUGAAGUCCAAACAGCUGAACUUCCGCGUGCCUGUAUUUAGCUCUUAUGGCACAGCUUGGUAUUGAACCUGUAUUGCAAAGCUGCACAAUCAAUGGUAGAUACCAAUUCUCUGCCCCAAGAAGCUGGGCCUGUACAAUAUGUAAGCCUUGUUACGUGCAGUGGCCUUUCACGCACUCAAAAGCACCGUGCAGCUAGCAGCGUGUGUAGUGUAGAGGUGCACGUUUGUAGUACAGUCGUAGUUGUUGCUUCAAAAUGUUGUUGUUGUGAGCUAAACGACUUUCUUGAAACUAUGAGAUGAUGGAAAAAUAUGCCUUUUUUUUGUCAGCAGCUCGCUGGAAGCACAAAUAAAAAUUUUUUUUGAAAGCAGC